GCGUGCCAGGAACUACAAUAUAAAUCUUUGAACUCACUUUGAAAACUAGGCUAAAUGUCGCUACGUGUGUGCUUGUGCAUAGUUACUGCAUCGAAUUAUUUGUAAGAUUGGAACAUCAUUGUUUCCUGGAUUCACAUUCAUAUCAGGUAUAUUUAUUUAAAAGAUAAAUGGAGGAUAAAGGGGAGAACGGGCAAGCUGUAAAAUACUACCGACUGUCAGAAAUCGAGGAACAGAAUACGUUCAAGAGUACAUGGAUUAUAAUCAACCAUAACGUGUACGAUGUCACCACAUUUCUGGAAGAGCACCCAGGCGGAGAGGAGGUCUUGAGGGAACAGGCUGGCGGCGAUGCCACGGAGAGCUUUGAAGACGUCGGACACUCAUCAGAUGCCAGGGAGAUGGCUGCCAACAUGGUCAUUGGAGAACUGCAUCCAGAUGAUCGGCCAAAGAUGGCCAAACCUUCAGAGUCACUUGCCACCACAAUCGAGGAAACCUCAAGUUGGUGGACAAACUGGUUGAUCCCCGGUUUGGCUGCGGCAGUCAUCACGGUUAUGUACCACAUGUACACAUCCGUGGAGCAGUGACCACGCCAUCGGUCCGUCACCUUUGCCAAUCAAAUGUAAAUCACAAUCCCUGAGAAACCACUGCUACUUUUUGGGAUUUGCACAGCUCAUAUGCAGUACUGCAGUAUCCAUGUUUAAUUUCAUGUUUUUCAUCCAAUCACUCGGCAUCAUGUUAAUGAAGGCAUAUACUUUUGUUGUUGUGUUAAUCUUAUUUUUCCUCUCCUGAUUUACAUAUUGAUAUAUAAAUAAAAUACUUAUAUUUACAUAUAUUGAGAUAUUUUAGACAGAUUAACAUGAAUGUAAAUGUUUUUAUUAUGUUAUUGUAAUAUCUUAAGAUUCACUAUUACUCGAACAUACUGUAACCCUGCAAUUGAAACAGAAAAUUACAGUUUAGCUUAAAAAAGCAGGCAAUUACAUCUUACCUGUGCAUAACUAGACUGAAUUUACUUUCAUUUUGGAACAGAACUAAUGACCCCACCAUUCAAAUCAUAAAGGCUCAGGUUACAUAAUGUUUUGCAUUAGCUGUGUCUUUUUUAAGCAAUAUGCAUAUAGCAAGAGACAUGCUUUAAAUUGCACAAUGUAUGUCAGUAGAGUACUGUGUACAUAAUAUAUGCUAUAAAGAGUGAAUUAGUUGAUUUAACAUCGAUAUGCAAAACUGUAAACCCAAUUGUCCCAUAUUUCUGGUGCCAUUAGUAUCAACAUUCCAUAGACAGAGUAGACCAAAAGAUGGCACUGUGCAGACUCAUGCUUGGGGAGCCAAGAGGGCAACAACUAAGUGGGGAUUAAGUUGACCUCAUGUGAUUUCCCUUGAACAGUACAAUGUGUUUUUAAUGGAAAAUAUCCUGGUUGUCCCUACUUUUAAGAUGCUAAUGUGUGUAAGAAGCUCCCCACUGAAUAGUGUGUGUAGGAAACUCACCACUGAAUGUUCUAAUCUACAGUCGAUCAAAUGUAAUUGUACAGCAGCAAUUGUAGUUUUUUCAAUAAAAUGAUUAAUAAAAGUGUU